UGUUAAGGGUAGGUAUAGUAUAUACAACGAUGAAACAUAAACCUAUUCAAAAUACACUAUCGUGGUUAUCGGAUGCUCUCGGCAUGUUUUCGGGUUAUACGAGUAGAUACCUUCAAUUUUUUACCUCUUUUUUUGCGAUGCCUCUUUCGUUAUUUGUUCAACAGUGUUUCGUGUUGAUAGGUCGUUUAAAAAAUUAAUUCAUUAUUCGAGUAUAGGUAGGUAAAAAUGAUAAAAUUGCCGGCUAAUUUGUACCUUUUCAUUUCACACACGGGCAUAUGCCUUCGAUGAAUUGGUCGAUAUUUCGAUUUCGGAAAGUCUCAGCACGUGCACACGCAGAACAAACACCCGAUGAUUAUUUUUCUGGUCAAAGGACAAAUUGAUGAAGAAAAAGCCUAUCAAAAACACACAUCACAUCAGCGAUAAGGCCGAAGGCGUUGCGUAACUCGUCGCCAACAAUACAACGAAGAACGGUGUAAAAGUGCGCCAAAUUAUCAGCAGCCGUAGGUCAUACCGUCGUAUUUCCUCGUUGGGGUUGAAGUUAAAUUCUUAUCAGAUUUUCAGACUCGACUGGUCUGGUAAACGUGGUGCUUGUCGGUUACGCGCAUUUAUAAUUUCAUUCAUUCGUUCGUCGUCGUAAUUUUACGACUAUAAUUCGUCGCUUUUAUAAUAUUAUUACACGUAUAACUAAUUGCAUCGAGUGGAAAUUUUUCAAAGUUUGCUUAUAUUAUUAAAAAGCCUUUUGUUGUGUCGUUGUUAUACCAUUUCUUAUAAAUUAUUCAUCGAAUUAUCGCUGCUGCGGUAACCGAGUGCUUUAUUUAUAAUAAUUUCGACUUUAUUUCAACGAUAUAAAUUAAUAUUCAAACGAGCUAUACGAAUAUCAUCAAUUUUUCAUCCGGUUUUUGACUCACUGCUGCUUCUGUUUUUGAUACUGUUGCUUUUGUGUUGUUUUUUUUUUUUUUUGGUUUUCGAAUAUUUUUGAAAUCGUAUCGUUUUGUUUUGUUUGUCGAAGAAUUACUCGCAGUUGGUGGAUGAAAGAUAAACAUGCGGAUUGGAUUUGUUGUCAAGGUUAUGUAUUUUUUAACUGAUUAAAGAGCUUUUCCAUUCCCGACGGCAACAUGUUAAGUGAUGCGACGGCCAUCGGGUUGGUUAAUUUGCAAAAAAUCACGAACAUAAAUUCCUGCAGCUACGUCAGCAAAUUGGCGAAAAAUUAUUUCGACGAUUAAACGGAAUAUAGCUUUAUGGCCAUAUUGCAAUCGUGUUGUUGUUGGCAAUCCGUUCGCAAAGGAUCGUACGCUUCGGCGAUAUACACAAUGUCGUACUACUCAUUGACGUGUUUUAUAAUGGGCAUCACCGUACAAAGCGAUUCCGAGUACUACUUUAAAAAAGGCAACGGGACCAGUACUAUGAAACCGAAGACCACCAGCUUUUUAGAACCGAGCGAAGUAUCCACCGUAACAAUGGUUUAUUACUUGAUUGUAUUAUUUUCAUCGACCCUCGGAGUAGUUUGUUCGCUUCUAUUAAUGGUUGGCUUGUACUUGGAAAUUCGAUUUCUUUUAUUACCGUGGAUGGCGAUUAUAUCGGUGUCUUCGUUCAUCGACAUUUCACAUUCAGCUUAUUGGCUAACAUUAGAUGACCCCAAUUUCAACCCACUCACGGCAGUAUUCUUUACCGUUGAAUUAUUUAUUUUUCUGCUCAAUGCGUAUUCUUUGCUGUGUGUUAUAUCCCAGUAUCAAGAAUAUAAAGCUGGAAGAGGAACUGCCGCUUAUUAUGAUCUUUUGCAAACGAUGCGUCGACGAGACCAAACAGCCCCCUUAUCAGUCCGAUGUAGUCAACAACAAACGACAGGAACGAGCUACCUGCUGACCACCGCCAGCAGUCAUCCUCCUCGCGACUUUUGUCAAUUAACCAACGAUUGUUCAGCCACACAAAACCCCUCAUCCGCAGCAAACGAUAAUAUAAAACUCCGCAGGGUUCAAUUUAUGAACGAGGAUGAUCGAAUGAAAACCAAGUUAUCUCGUCAAAAUUUCGAUAGCCAGCCUUUGGUCAGCGAUAACGACGGCGAAACCAUUAUAAACGAGGACGAGGAAGACUACAUGUCCAACAGGAACGAUUAUUUGUGGGGUUCAGUGGCCGAAGAAAGCAUUUUAAUUUGCAACGUCGAAGUAAAACAUUCGCAAAAUGACGAACGAGAAAAGCGUAAGAGAAAAAAAGACGCCAAAGAGGUUAUCAGUUCGAAAACAGACGUCGAAGGUAAUCCUUACAAAUAAGGCUACAAUGUGAUAAACUCCAUAUCAUUGUUAAAGUUGGUGUAAAAUCAUCGCGAAACAGUAAAUGGCGACGUAUCAACCAUCGAAUAUGCUUAUCGUAAAAGCAACAGAACGGAAAAAGGCGUAAUUUCUACCUUGUUUUAUAACCAUUCUCGGAUACUUCCAAGCAAUAAAAUGGCAAAACGCUUGAAUAUUCGAUAAACGGUGCAUAUUUCUCGUUUCAUGUUUUGUUUACAUUAAAAUUCCCGAGUUUUUUGUGUGUAUUUUUUUUUCUCCUCGUGUUCUUUUGUAAGCGUAAAAUGCUUUUGAAAUCGUUAUAAAAAAUGUUGCUUUUUGAAUGAAAAAACAUUUUAACGUUAAAAAUUGAAAAAGUAUACCUACUCGAGGUUGAGAAUCAUACCUACUUAAUAGAUGAGCUAUGCUCGGGUUUAAAUACGUAACACUCGUGAUUGUAUAAUUAUUUCCAAAUUUUGAAUAAAUAAUUACGAGAUAGCCGACGUACGUAUGUACAUGUAUGUAUUUUAUAUUGUUUCUCUUGUAAUUUGAAUACCUGUAUGAUCUUAGGUACCUAUAUUUUUCAAAGGCAUGAUUUUAAUAAUAGUUACCUAUUAUACCUACUGAUAAUGAAAAAUAAAGAAAUUGUUAUUUA